GGUUUCUUUUUUUUUUGUUAAGUUAGAGAUUUUGAGAAGAUUGGCUCUUAUAUAUAUAGCCUGUGCAAGUAACAAACAGAGAGUUUUUGAUUAUUUCAGUUCUGUUGUUGUCAAAGUAGCAAACUCUAAGAAUCAACUAUGGGGGAGAACCAAGUGCAGAGGAAUUCGAGUUUUAGGUUUGAGAUAGAUAACUUCUCAGAGAAGGAAGGUGCGAUAUCGUCUCAGGCAUUCAUGAGUAACGGAUGCGAAUGGUAUCUCACCGUUCAUCCGAAGGGAGAUCGUCUUUGUGAUGAUCAAUUGGGUUUGUUUCUGUACGUUGCAAAUCCUGAAUCAUUGGGAAGUGGAUGGAAAAGGAAACCUAGGUUUCAAUUCGUUCUGCUGAAUCAAUCCGACAAAGAGUUUUAUAGAUCACCAAUUGGCCAGGUUUGGUAUAAUGCUAAAUUUACAGGCAAGGGUUAUCGAAACACCUUUCCUCUUACAAAGCUUCAGGAAAAAGGGUUUUUGGAGAAGGAUAGACUCAUCGUUGAAGUCUACAUUAGCCAAGUUGAAGUUGUUGAUGGAAAAGGCAGACUUGCAUCAGACAAGAAGGAGACUCUAGAUAUUAACGGUUCUCAGGUUCUUGCUUCUCAGAACCAAGUGGUGAAGACGGAAUACAUGACUGUACUUCUCAAACUCAUUGAGACACUGAACAAGCCUUCGCAGAAUCAUUCAGAGACUGAGCUAAACAAUGCUCACAUAGAGUUGAGUGAGCUGAUGGAGCAAGGCUUCAAGCUGGACUGGUUGCAGUCGAAGCUUGAUGAGCUUUCCUUGCAGAGGAAGAAAGCAGAUGCUGAUGUUAAUAAUCUUGAGAUGAGGCGCUUUGAAUUCAAGCUGGCCUGUUUGGAGUUGAAGAUUGAGGAGGGGAAGAAAUCUCGGGUCCAAGAAUUGUUGACAGAACUCAAACAAAAACUAAAAGACCUGAGGGAGGCCAAAUCUUUUGCUGAUGAUUUUGUGUUGAUGGAACAAUUUGAUUGACGUAGAAAUCCUACAAUAUCCUAGAUAUUAAUUAUGCUUUAUCAGUGGGUUAUAAUAAUACCAUUGGCCUAAUAAAACUAAGAUAAUAACAAAAUAUCUCAUAUGGGUUAUA